AUGUCUCGAACCCAGGCGCUACAGCUUCAAUCUGUGUACACACCCAUCAAGGACGCCAUGCAACGACGCGAAAAUGGCGUUACGAAGAACAGGAAGACACCACUGACUGGUAGUGGCAGAGCAUGGAGGGAAGAUGAGGAAGCCUACCUUGUUCAGACCCGGCUGCAGAAAAUGCCAUACAAACAUAUCGCUGCGCACCUGAACAAGACGGAACUCGCGUGUCGCCUGCAUUAUCAUCAGUUGUCCCAUGGCAGCACUCGACGCAAGCGAACUGCGUCUUGCUCUUCUGGAUCUUCGGACCCUUCCCCCAGCCGGCCAGCAACAUACUCAAGCCCCGGGCUUCGCGGCGAGGCUCGUUCGCUGUCUCCUCCGAUGGCCGCGGCCAGCUACCUCCCCAAGCUGCUCAACAGUGACAUGAAGCUGUCACGCAUCAUGUCCGGGGAGACGUCACCGCGGCUGCCUGCCAUUUUGCCCAAGCCAGAAGGUGUUCCGCACCCUCAUGGCGGUGAAGUGUUGCCUCGACACGCGAUUAUGACUCCCGAACAACACAACGAGCCCCUGCCGUCCGUCAUGAACAUGCGCCACUACAGGAGUCCGCCGUACGGGCCUCCUGUUCCGCCUCUCCGACUCGAUACGGGCCGUUUGUCGCCGCCGUCGGCGUCAGUCCCCGUCCACACGGCUGCUCAUGUGGACCUCGGGCGACUCCGCGCAAUCUACGAAGCACGCAAGUCUGCUUUUUGGGCCUCCAUAGUUGAGGAGUACGGAAUGAAUGCAUCCGCAGCUGCGCUGGAGCAGGCCUGGAAAACAGGAGCUUGCUGCCAGCACAGCGAGAGCAGCCCCAUGACGCCGGUGGCGAGCCCAGACAAGGACGGUAGCGCGGGAUACCGGAUGAAGGGUCAAGACAAGACAAGGAUAUCAUCCAUUUUAGACGACGACACCGACCGACGGUUUCGUUGA